CGUUUGCUUUAGCAGUGUAAAGUGUCUACAAGUAAUGCAAAAUGUCGUUUACGGACUGUUUGAUAUGGAGCUCACAGUCUCACUUCUGACCUGCUAAUUCCGGACAUUCUAUUCCUCUUGUUUCUCAGCCACCAACAACAACAGCAGAAACGAGAAUCGGCUCCCACCCAUUUCAGGUAUUUGCGCAAAUUGUUCUCUGUUAGUUCUUCAUUCUCUCUGUUUCAGGUCCUGAUUCUUAAAGAGAUAUUUGAGCUUAUUUCUUCAAUCAAACAAAGAAAGUUAAGUUCUUUACAGUAGAGAAAGAAUUCCCUUGGGGGGAGAGUUCUCCAGUUUAAUGGUGGGGAUCAUCCACUAACAUGGUUGCAAUUGGGUAUUUACCAGUGCAACAUUUUAUUUUCCAGGAAAGCUUUCAAAUCAUAAAUGGCUUCAAACUCAAAGCGUCUCAAAUUAUGCUCACACAAUGAGGAUAGGAUCAGUGGGUUGCCAGGUGCAGUUCUUUGCCACAUUCUUUCCUUCCUUUCAACCAGAGAGGCUGUAAAGACUAGCGUUUUAUCACAUAGAUGGAAGAAUGUGUGGGCUUCUGUUCCCAUUCUAGAUUUCGAUGAAGAAGAAUAUUACCUAGAAUAUGUAUUUCGUACUUUAUCACGGCCAAUAGGAUAUGACCCGGAUUGGUUUGCACAGUUUGUGAAUCGUGUGCUUUUGUUUCGUUGCCCGGGAGACAUUCAUAGAUUCCGCCUUGUAGCUACAAGGAUGCAUGAUGUUUCUCUUAUUUAUGCUUGGAUUUCUACUGCCAUUAGGCGUAAUGUUGUGGAGCUUGAUCUUAGAGUUGGCACUUCUACAGACCCACAUUUUGAGAUCCCCAAAAGGCUUUUCAUGUGCAGCACAUUGGUGAAGUUGAAGCUGUGGCUGCGCCGAGAUAUUAGUGUCAUUACUCCUAGGUCAAAUUGUUUCCCGUGCCUCAAGUUCCUUCAUGUUACACUUCUGUAUCCUGAUUCUGACUCAAUGGAGAAGCUCUUUUCUCGUUUCCCUGUACUUGAAGAUCUGAUUAUAGAUGGAAACCUUGAAGACGCAUCAGCUUUCAAACUUGAUAUCUCUGCACCUAAACUAAAGAGACUACAAAUUAGAUUGACUGUCCAUAAGUUUGCUAUGGGUUCUAAUAAUUUUGUAAAUUAUGUGUGCCAAAUUUUCAUUAAUGCUGAUGCUCCAGACCUUGAAGAGUUAGAUAUCUGCUCUGAUGUCUUGGUGAGCUUUUCUUUGAAGAAUGCCAACUGUCUAAGCAAAGCUGAGGUAGAUUUCUCUGAUGUGAAAGAGCUUGAGGACCAUGAUUGUUUCCUUGGCCUAGUUGAUCGCAUACGUCAGAUUUUUGCCGGAAUUUGUGAUGCUAAGUACCUGACAGUUAAAGCUCCAAUUUUGACGGCCCUUGACAUUGGAAAUCAACGUCUUCUGCCUACAUUGAAUAAUUUGAGCCACUUGGAGCUGCAACUUGAAACUUGUCGAUGUUUGCAAUCACUGACAACUUGGCUCAAAAUAUCACCAAAUUUGGAACAUCUCAAGAUAUCAACAAAUAGGGAACAUCUUUGGUUUGCAGAUGACUACAAAUAUUGUGAUGAUGACAAUGAGGAUAUUCUUGUACAUGAAUGGGGUGCACCAGAAUUUGCAAACAUUUGUUUGGUUUCACACCUCAAGACUGUUUGCCUAUGGGAUUUCAAGGGGUGUCCAAAUGACAUGGAAGUGGCAAAGUACUUGGUGAAGCAUGGCAAGGCUUUGAAUAAGGUGACUAUUUAUACUCACUUCAGUGAAGACAAAGAGAUGGAGAUACAGUCUCCCAUCACCUUAUGGUCGAAAUUUUCAAAGUUCCUGAGGGGUUCCAAGACUUGUAAAAUUCAAUUUAAGACGAUCGUUUCAGAUUCUUCUUUGGGAAUAUAAUUUUUGUGCACUCUUGUACAUGUAACUAUGCAUGUGUUUUAAUUUCUGUCUUCUUUAUGGUCGAUUUCUAACUUCUAAGUUCCCAAGGGAUUAAAGACGAUCAUUUUACAAUGGAUAUUUCUCUGGGAAUGGAACACGAGUUUAUUUAUGUGCACGGCUGUUUUUAACUGUUG